GAGGCUCUUACGCCAUAUGCGUACGAGAGCAUCCCUAAAAAUUGCCUCUGUCAUACAACCAGGAAGAAGGUGGGAUAGCCGUGCAAAGCUAACAUCCCCAGUCUUUCUGCACACUUUUUUUUCCGAAAAUAAUGGGAUCUUCCAGGUGGAAGGUGGUAGCGGCGGUGUUUUUCGCACUUGUGUGUUCUUUAUCACCUGUCGAUGCAGACGAACAUGACCACACGUACACAGAUAAGGAGGAGGUAGUUUUAUGGAUGAACACAGUGGGGCCUUACCACAACCGACAGGAGACAUACAAGUAUUUCUCGUUGCCCUUCUGUGCGGGCUCCCAGAAAACCAUCAGUCAUUACCAUGAAACACUUGGAGAGGCUCUGCAGGGAGUGGAGCUUGAAUUCAGCGGCUUGCAAAUAAAGUUCAAAGAGGAAGUCAUGCAGUCAACAUACUGUGAAAUAGAGUUGGACAAAGCCAAACGGGAUGCUUUUGUUUACGCCAUAAAGAACCACUACUGGUAUCAAAUGUACAUAGAUGACCUGCCAAUCUGGGGUAUUGUUGGUGAGGCAGAUGAAAAUGGAGAAGAGCACUUCCUGUGGACGUAUAAGAAACUAGAGAUCGGCUUCAAUGGCAAUAGAAUCGUUGAUGUAAAUCUGACCAGCGAAGGCAAAGUCAGACUUGUGCCAAACACAAGAAUCGCAAUGUCCUAUUCUGUGAAAUGGAAGAAGUCAGAUGUAAAGUUUGAAGACAGAUUCGACAAGUACCUUGAUCCAUCCUUCUUUCAGCACAGAAUUCACUGGUUCUCCAUCUUCAAUUCCUUCAUGAUGGUCAUUUUCUUGGUGGGUCUGGUGUCCAUGAUUCUUAUGAGAACACUAAGAAAGGACUAUGCCAGAUACAGCAAAGAGGAGGAAAUGGAUGACAUGGAUAGAGACCUUGGAGAUGAAUAUGGGUGGAAGCAGGUACAUGGAGAUGUGUUUAGGCCGUCAAGCCAUCCACUGAUCUUCUCUUCACUUAUUGGCUCCGGCUGCCAGAUUUUCUCAGUCUCCCUCAUCGUUAUCAUCGUUGCUAUGGUUGAGGAUCUGUACACAGAGAGAGGAUCCAUGCUGAGCACAGCCAUUUUUGUGUAUGCUGCAACCUCUCCUGUCAAUGGCUACUUCGGGGGAAGUUUGUAUGCAAAACAAGGAGGCAGGAGAUGGAUUAAACAAAUGUUCAUUGGGGCCUUUAUGAUCCCAGCCAUGGUGUGUGGGACUGCCUUUUUCAUCAACUUCAUCGCUAUUUACUACCACGCCUCCAGAGCCAUCCCAUUUGGAACCAUGGUUGCUGUCUGCUGUAUCUGCUUCUUUGUCAUCCUGCCUCUGAACCUCGUGGGAACAAUUUUGGGGAGGAAUCUGUCUGGCCAGCCCAACUUUCCCUGCCGAGUUAAUGCUGUGCCGCGGCCGAUCCCUGAGAAGAAAUGGUUCAUGGAGCCGGCUGUCAUCGUGUGCCUUGGAGGAAUCCUUCCAUUUGGUUCCAUUUUCAUAGAAAUGUACUUCAUCUUCACAUCUUUCUGGGCCUACAAAAUCUACUAUGUGUAUGGCUUCAUGAUGCUGGUCCUGGUUAUCCUGUGCAUUGUGACUGUGUGUGUCACCAUUGUGUGUACAUACUUUCUUCUCAAUGCUGAGGACUACAGAUGGCAAUGGACGAGCUUCCUCUCUGCUGCAUCCACUGCUGUUUAUGUGUACAUGUACUCCUUUUACUACUAUUUCUUCAAAACUAAGAUGUAUGGGCUGUUCCAGACAUCCUUCUACUUUGGCUACAUGGCUGUGUUCAGCACUGCCCUGGGAAUCAUGUGUGGUGCCGUAGGAUACAUGGGAACAAGUGCCUUUGUGAGGAAGAUUUACACAAAUGUGAAAAUUGACUAAGAAGUAAAGCAGCAUCAACACAGGGAUGUUAAUGGAUUUGCCUAGGCGUAUCCCAAAAGACGGCGGGCACAAGUCAUUCUUUAUUACUUUUCUUUCUUGCAAAGAGAUUGUGAGAAUCUCACUUUGUACAAUGUAGUUUUUCCAUAUUUUUUUUUUUUCCUCUCUGAAAGAUUUUCAACGCCGCAACUCAAAAGUGAACAACAGGAGACCUGCGGAAGAGAUAUCAAACAACUUUUGAUUUUUAUCAGUUGCUUUCAAACAAACGUUGAGGGAGGGGGCGAAUGUUUAAGGCUGACAUGGCUUCUCUUUCCCAACCCAGUCCCACCUGAGACCAGAGAACAUACAGUACAUGUGAUAUUGAUGGAGUGUAGCUCUCUUCAGUGAAGAGGCCUGAGUGUAUUGAAAGCCUUUGUUCUGUUGUGUCAGAAUAUUGGAGAGUUGGGUUUGUGUUUGUGUUCUGACUCUGAAGUCUAUUUUGUAUUCAUGAAGUCACUCGAAUUAUUGUUACUAUAGUACAAUUGGUUGUUUCCAUUGAAAUCCACUGGGAAAAAAACAAACAAAAAAAAACCUAAAAAUGAUCACCCAAUAAUCAUUCCCCAAUUUCGAUUAUUCUUAACUCCCUGUUAAGGUAGCAGUCCAUCCAGUCAUGAGAUUUUAGUCCUGCUGUAGUUUACUGUACAGACAAAGAACAGAGGGACUGAGCAACAGCUGAGGUACAGCAAGAGCUGAUUUUUUAAAAAAAAUGGAUGUUUGAUGUGAUCCCAUUUAUCUGUUUAGUUUUAUGUUUUCUAAAUGUUUGGGUUUGAAUGAAGUCUACAUGUAAAGAUAAUAUAUGGAUGGUGGGCAGUGUAUAUAACCUUAAUAAUGUACCUUUAGAUGUAGAUCCCAAAUGUAUUUUCGUUGUACAGAUUUACUACAGGGUGUUGUUUUUCCUUUCUUCCAAAAAUGAAUCGUUCAGUUAAAACAGUUUGUUUGUUUGGUGCUUGGGGUGGGGCUGGUGGCGCUGUUACAUCUUGCCUGAAAUUGCAUGAAGUUUUCACCAAAUCAUCAAAUCAGAUUUCACUUCAGCGCUGUCAUUUAUUUUAUUUUAUUUCCUGAUUGUUGGCAUCUUCUUGGUUUCAAAAUGGAAAGGUGCAUUUUGAUGAUUUUCUAGACACUUUAUUUUGAUUCCAUAUGUUAUUUAAAGCUUUAAAAAGGCUCUACAUCUUCUGGUAAGCCAUUUCCAUCACGUUCUGUUGCCUAACCUGAAACAUCAUCUGUGAAUGUUCAACGGAAAGAGGCAGUCGCUUUGUUUCUGCAAACAUACUGUACAAAUUCAACUUUAUGUACACUUAAAGCUAGAUGUUUUCAUAACCACACACAAUGCUGCGGUGUGUUUCAAAUGCUCCCCCCCCAUUUUGUGUAAAUUCAGUAUGUACCCUACUUGUAUGAGAAGUGGCAUUGCCUUUUUUUUUUUUUUUUUUUUUCCCCCCUCUUGAUUUCCAGUUCUCCCCCACUGAAGUUGAUUUUGGCACCUCAUGUUGUGUACCAAUGUCUGAUUAGACAUUUUGAACCUGCAUAUUAACUUGCUGUAAAAAGAAAAUAAACAUGUUUAUGUACAGGGGUUAUUAAAGUGUGAUCUUGACUUUGA